CACAAUCUCUCGCAAUCAAAACAUUAGUUAUUCAACAUUUUACUGGUUCUGCUAGUUAGUUCAGUUUUGAUAAAAAUUUAAGUUUAUAAUAUUCUCAUAGUAAAAGUUAACUAUGGUUGCAAUAUUCCGAAAUAAGUUUGUACGAAAUAUAUUUCAAUUUGCCAUCCCAAGAGCUUCGGUUGUAUCAGCCGCUGGUGUCAUACCUUUUCUAUCUCCGGAUGCAGAUCAGGUUGAUACAGAAACAAUCCAGAAAAGGUUCGCCGACGCUCCUGGUGAUCAACAUUCCGGAAAGGAUCGACUCUAUAUGAUGUUCAGCGUUGAUGAAUUCGGUCGCAUAUCAAACGAAGUAAAUUCAAUCUAUCAAGCCGGUUUUUUAGGCUUUCUGGUCGGAGCCUGUUAUGGUGGAUUUGUACACUCUCGGGUAGCAUAUAUGAACUUCAUGGAGCGAAACCAAGCCACAGCAUUCCAGUCGAGCUUUGAAGCAAAGAGAAAGCUUCAAGAUCAAGUAACGCUGAAUUUUGCUAAAGGCGCAUUCAAAUGGGGCUGGCGAUUGGCAUUAUUUACUACAAGUUACAUCGGAAUCCAAACGGUGAUAUCAGUUUACCGUGGUAAAUCAUCCAUUUACGAAUACUUGACUGCUGGCGGAGUAACAGGGGCGCUUUAUAAAUUCAACAUGGGUCUUAAAGGUAUGGCAAGCGGCGGGCUGGUAGGAAUCACAUUUGGCGGAAUUGCCGGUGCGUUGUCACUGUCGAUCCUUAAGGCCACUGGAACUACUAUGGAGGAGAUUCGAUUUUGGCAGUACAAAUGGCGGGCAAGUAGAGAUGAAGCUAUCACUGAAGGCAUUCGCAAACAUACCAAAGGAGAAGAGGAUCCACUUCUGACCUUUCACAAUCAAAAGUUUGGUGAGUCUAAUAUCAACAUAGAGAAAAUUUCACUUGGCGCUAGCUCACAUGCUAACUCAACUACGAAUGUAGCUGUAGAAGUUAAACUUAUCCAAGAUGAAGGGAAAAAAUGAAAAUACUGCUAUUGAUAUACUUUCAGGAAUCUUGCGUUGGU